AUGCAGUUCCCAAAACAUAUCGGCAUCGCGUUGACCGCGGUUGCCUUUUAUGGACAGCGAUGCUGGGCACAAGGUCCCGUUAUGUACACAGAUCCGUCGACAAACAUCACGUUCCCAACAUGGACGGAUGGCGCCGGGUAUACAUUCGGUCUGGUGGUGCCAGACACGGCCCUGACCACUGACAGCUACGAGUACAUUGGAUAUCUUAGCUGCACAACCCCAUCCGGAGCAGGUGCAGCAUACUGCGGCCUGUCCCACGGCCAAUCCGGCCAGAUGGUGCAGGCGCUUCUUCUCAUGGCAUGGCCCUAUGAAAGCCAAGUCCUCACCUCGUUCCGCUUCGCCACAGGGUACUCGGAACCAGCAGCAUACACCGGCAAUGCAACCCUCACAACCCUCGCCUCAUCAGUCAACGACACCGCGUUCGAAAUCGUCUACCGGUGUGAGAACUGCUUCAAGUGGAGCCAGGACGGCGCGGAUGGCCAGGUUUCGACGAGCACGGGGUCCACGGUUCUAGGCCGCGCCGCAUCGAACGAGGCCCCUGGCAACCCGGGCUGCCCGAAAGAUAUUACGAUCCCAUACCAUCGCCGCUUGUUCGGGCAGUAUGGAGCCUCGUUUGCUAACGCAACCGUGGCUUCUUACUCCAAGUACGCGGCGCUGCCUCCCAAGCCUACCACGACCGCCACGACUUGUGCUGGCGCUACCCCAACUGGCAACGCUACGACCACCACGAGUCUGCCUACUGCGACGCCUACUGCUGUGUGCAAGAGCAUCCCUGCGAACAAGACGUGGGACUACGUCGUUGUCGGUGGCGGCGCGGGAGGUAUCCCCAUGGCUGACAAGCUGAGCGAGGCGGGCCACUCUGUGCUGCUUAUUGAGAAGGGGCCUGCUUCUACUGGGGAAUGGGGCGGCUCCCUGGGACCAAAAUGGCUGAACGGCACGGGCUUGACCCGGUUUGACGUACCUGGUCUCUGUAACCAGAUCUGGGUGGACUCAACCGGUAUCGCGUGCUCCGACACCGACCAAAUGGCGGGCUGUGUGCUGGGCGGAGGCACGGCCGUGAACGCAGGGUUGUGGUGGAAGCCCAACCCGGCCGACUGGAACGAGAACUUCCCAGCAGGGUGGCACGCCUCAGACGUCGCGGAGGCCACGGAGCGCGCGUUCAAGCGCAUCCCGGGCACAUGGCAGCCCUCGAUGGACGGCCAGCUCUACCUGCACCAAGGCUACGACGUGCUGACGUCGGGACUCAAGUCGAGCGGGUGGGAGUACGUCGUCGGCAACGACGCCCCCGACAAGAAGAACCGCACCUACGGCCACGGCCAGUUCAUGUUCAGCCAUGGUGAGCGCAGUGGACCCCUUGCCACCUACCUCGCCACCGCCGCGGCUCGCAAAGAUGUCUUCUCGCUGUGGACCGACACCGCGGUCAACCGUAUCGUGCGCACUGGGGCCCACGCCACCAGCGUCGAGGUCUCGUGCUCUGCCGGGUCGGGGUACUCUGGCACCGUGAACCUGACGCCCGGCACCGGGCGGGUGAUCGUGUCAGCGGGCGCGUUCGGAACACCGAAGCUGCUGUUCAGGAGCGGCAUUGGGCCCGCGGACCAGCUCGCCAUCGUGCAGGCGUCGGGCGACGGGGCCAAGAUGAUCAGCAACGACUCGUGGAUUGAGCUGCCAGUUGGGUCUAAUCUCGUCGAGCAGAUGAAUACCGACGUGAUUGUCACGCACCCGGACGUAGUCUUCUACGACUUCUACGCCGCCUGGAACGAGCCCAUCCCGUCCGACAAGCAAGCCUACCUAUCCAACCGCACCGGGAUCCUCGCGCAGGCCGCGCCGAACAUCGGCCCCAUGCUGUGGGAGGAGAUCAAGGGGUCCGACGGCAUCACGCGGCAGCUGCAGUGGACGUCGCGCGUGGAGGGCGACUCGGCCGCGACCAACUCGACGCACGCCAUGACGAUAUCACAGUACCUGGGGCGGGGCCAGCAGUCGCGCGGGCGCGCGACCAUCACGAGCAGCCUGUCGAUGACGGUGUCGACGCAGCCGUUCCUGCACAACGACGGGGACCGGCAGGCGGUGGUGGCCGGGGUCCGCAGCCUGCAGGAGUCGCUUCGCGGGAUCAAGGGCCUGGAGUGGGUGCGCCCGCGCGCCAACCAGACAGCUGAGGACUACGUCGACUCGCUGCUGGUCACGGCCAACGGGCGCCGCGCGAAUCACUGGAUGGGCACGGCCAAGAUGGGGCUUGAUGAUGGGCGGGUUGGGUCUGGCAACGGCACGGCGGUUGUUGAUACCAAUGCUAAGGUGUACGGUACGGAUAAUGUGUUUGUGCUGGAUGCUAGUAUCUUCCCUGGCCAGCUGACUGGGAACCCGUCCGCGACCAUUGUCAUUGCUGCUGAGCAUGCGGCGGCGAAGAUCUUGGCACUGGCUUCUUGA